UCCCUGUCCAUGUCGAUUCUCACUCCUCCAUAACCCACGUACUGUAUCUUCAGGAAAUCCCUGACCUUUCGGUUCGCUUUGCGCGCUUCUCGUCGACACGCCGCAUUGAUCGCCUGUGCGCUUUUCUUUCUCUCCGCGUUAGUUUCCGUCCCCCCGCGCGCCAUGCCGCGUAGCACGCGCCGCCAGAUCCGGCAGGUGGUGAUAGAGAGGGAAGGAGAGGACGACGAGCAGAGCACGUCGGAGGAGGAAGAAGAAGACGACGACGAUGAUUUCGACGUGCGACAGCCGGCGGCGACGAAUGGGGUUCGGACAGCGGAAGGACGCGACGGUCGCGCUGUUGGUGGUGAACCUACCGAAUCUGAGGAGGAGGAGGGAGAGGAGGAGGAUGAGGAGGUGUCGGGGAAGGCGGAACGACGCUCCGCUCGCAACAGAGGCGGAGGGAGAUCCUCGGAGGGGGCGUCGGCGCAUGGCGCGGGGGGAGAAGCGGAGGGGGCGGAAGUAGGGGGGGGCAGGCGAGGGGGAUCGUCGCGGAUCAAGCUGAAUCUCAAGAGCAAGGCGGCUGGGAAAGGCGUGUGCCGGGUGUGCGGCAGCAAGGGCCACGAGGCUGGGUUCGUGGGUUCAGUGUACAUAGACUGCCCCAACCGUCCGUGCUUCCUCUGCAAGCUGCCAGGCCACACGACGGCCACGUGUCCGCACCGAGUGGGUGUGGAGGACGGCAGUGCGGCGGUGAAGGGAGGGCGCACGCACGAGGGGGUGCUGCACACCGUGCAGCAGCGCCAGAUCACAGGCACGCUGCCACGGGUGGCGCGGCACCGGCGGGUGCUGCCUAGUGUGGUGGAGGCGGCGGUGAUAGCGCUGCACAUGCGGCGUGUCACCGUGCUGGAGUUCCAUGCCACCCGGGACGACGUGCUGCUCUCUGGCGACAAGAGGGGGCACAUAGGGCUGUGGAACUACGAGAGGGAGCGCGACACAACGGUGCAUCAAAGCGCACACCAGUACCAGAUCAGCGCGCUCAGGCACCGCCCAUCAUCAGACGCAGUGGUGCUGUCCUCGUCGCUGGACGGCAAGGUGUGCCGUGUGGACCUGGAGACGGGGCAGGCGACCGCCCUGGCGAACCUCAACCCGUUGGGGUGGCAGGGCGACGAGCGCUCGUGGGGAAGCUUCUACGCCAUGGACGCCCCUGCUCAUGCUCAUGCCAGCCAGCGCUCGGUGGUGGUUGCUGGGGAUAACUUUGGGCGCAUGCACAUUCUGGACGAGCGCAUGGAGGAACAGGCAGUGGCAGGUGUGGCGGGGUGCCAUGCCAGCCGCACCAAGGUGGUGUCACUGCACCUCAACCCCGCCGACCCGCACCUCCUGCUCUCCGCUGGCUCCGACCACUGGGUGCAUCUAUGGGACAUACGGCAGCUGUCUCCUUCCCAUCGCCUGGCGUCCAUGCAGCACCCGCGGGUCGUUAACAGCGCUUACUUCUCGCCCAUCACGGGAACGAGGAUCCUGACCACGUGCCAGGACAACCGGCUGCGCGUGUGGGACAGCGUGUUCGGCGCGCUGCAGCAGCCCAGCAGCACCAUCGUGCACUCGCACGACUUCAACCGAUACCUCUCGCCCUUCAAGGCGCACUGGGACCCCAAGGACGACGCGGAGCGCGUGGUGGUGUGUGGGAGGUACAUCAGCGACGACUACAACGGCGUGGCGCUUCACCCCAUUGACUUCCUUGACGCGUCCUCGGGGGCGCUCCUGGCGUCCGCCGUGGACCUGCACCUCACCACCAUCUCGCCCGUCAACCUGCCGCACCCAAGAUGCGACCUGCUGGCCACUGGCAGCUCCAGGUCUAUCUACAUCUGGACUGUACCUGAGGAUGCGGAGGAGGGGGAUGGGGACCAAGGUGCAGAAACGUCACUGCAAGGCGGGCUUUCAGGUGCAAGGGCGUGGGGCAUGGGGGGAGCGGGGCAGCAGCAGCAAGCAGCGUUUGGGAACAGAGGCUCUAUCCGAAUGUUCAACGCUGAUAUAUGGGGUAAAGGCAGAGGGAAGGGGCAUGCACUGGGAACGGAGAAGGCGCAGGGGAAGGGGAAGAGCAAUGGCAAGGUCAAGGGCAAGGGGAAAGGGAAAGGGGGGGGGGAGGAGGAGGACGAGGCGCUGACGGCAGCUCUGGUUGAGUCUGCGGCACUGGCGGUGGCUGCUAAGGUGGGGAAGAAUGUGGGAGGGAGGGGUAGGAAGGGAGGAGGGAAGGGAGUGGUGAUUCAAGCACCGGAGGUAGAUGGUGGGAUGGAGGGUGGUCGGCAGAUGCAGAGUGGGCGGGCGGUGCUUGCGGCGUGUUUGACAGGGGGUAGGGGGAGGGAUGGUGCUGGUGUGGAAGAAGAGGGUGGGGAGGACAAGGGGAGCAAGCGGAAGGGAGGGGGGAGAAGAGAGGGAGCAGCGACAAGAGGAGGUCGAGGGAAGCGGAAGGGCAAAGGGACGGAAUCGGACGACGAGAGCGAGGAGGAAGAGGAGGAGGAGGAGGAAGCGGAGGAAGAGAUAGUGGAGGUUAUAAGGCCAGUUACAAGGCGGACUAGAUCACGAAGGUGACUUGGAUUGACUAGGGCAAUUAUCCCCAGUGUAACCUUCGCAUUUCGUACCUUAAUGCGGAUAAUUCAAUGCUAAUAGUGGUAUGGGCACAACAAAAUGAUGGAUUGCUUUUGUGUCACAUGGAACGUAGGUCUAGUGAAUUUGUUUUUAU